UUUACUAUGAGUUAUGUGCUUUUGUUUGUAAUGUGGGCUCUUGUUGCUGCAAUCCCAUGUCAAGACCGUGGCCUUCAGACUAACUUUUCCAUUACUAAGCAGUUCCUGUGGGCAGUUCCGAUGCUCUCCCUCCAUGAGAAGAUUUUGGAAGUGUCGAAGAAACGAGACAGGAAAAAUGCUUGUGGGUUGUUGAAGGAGAUUCACGAGAUUGAGAUAUGUGCACGGCACAUGAACGAGUUGAUCGAUUCUGUCCAGUUCCCCUUGACAGAAGAAAAAGAGGGUGAAGCAAGACAGAGAGUAAAGGAGUUAGGUAUGGUGUAUGAAUCCAUAAAGGAUGGAUUGGAUCCAUUGGAGCGCCAGGUUAGAGAAGUGUUCCACAGAAUAGUGCGCAGCAGGACUGAGGGUCUCAACUCUAUUGGACGAGCAAAUAGUCACGAUUAAUACCAUUUGAACAGAGGAGAUUCGUGUGAGCUUAACUGGAACUUCCUAAUGUUCUAUGAGUUUUGUUUUUCUUUGAUUAAGGGAAGAAACAAAUGAUGGUAGGCAAUUAGCCCAGAAUAAAAGGGUUCAAAGAGAUAAUGUCUUUCAUUUUCUCAUAGUAUGUUAUGUAAAAGAUGUGGAAAAGAAUUGGAUGUUCUCCGGUCCAAUAUAUUAUUGUUCAUCCUUUAUUGCCCUUAGAUAAUCAAAAUUCAGAGUAAAUUUGUAUUUGUCUAAUGUGAGAAUUUUAGUUUUGCAAGAUGGUAAAUAUUACUUCAA